CCCCCACUUGCCCUUUUAUCUUCCCUUUCCUUUUCUUUCUUUCCUUCCAUUCCAUUCCCUUCCCUUCCUCUUUUCUUUUCCAACUCACUAACUCAAAAUCCAACCUUUCAUAUCUUCUCAAACUUAAAACCCAAAGAAACAAAACUUGAUCAUCUUUGCUUUUACUUUUCCACUUUGCUUACUUGAUCUUCAAAAAAAAAAAAAAAAAGCUAAAAAAUUCAUUCUUGUUCUUCCUUUUUAAUUAACACUAAAUUUAAGUGGUGUAAACCACUAAAAAGGAGUCAAAAGAGAUGAUCCAAGAACUAUUAGGAGGAAGUAAUAUUCCUACUGAAUUUUUAGGUGGGAGAAAAAUUUCUAUUCCUUUCUCUUCUCCUUCUUCAACAUGUGCAUCUUCAACCCCAAUUCUUACUACUACUAAUACUAUUACUAUUCCACCAUCUAUAUCAACUACCAACUUGGCGAAUUCGUCACCAAGUUCUGAUAAUAAUACUAAUACAACUAACGAUAAUAAUAAUAAUAAUAGCAACAACUCGGAGGCUAACCCUAGCCAACAAAAUUUAAGGUGUCCAAGAUGUGAUUCUACAAACACCAAAUUUUGUUACUAUAACAACUAUAACCUCACUCAACCCCGCCACUUCUGCAAGACAUGUCGGAGGUACUGGACCAAAGGUGGGACCCUACGAAAUGUUCCCAUCGGUGGCGGGUGUCGUAAAAACAAGACAAUAUCGGGUAAUGCCUCAUCUGUUGCUUCAGGUUUAGUCAAAUCAGCUUCAAAUUCCAUGGCUAAGGCUAAAGCAAGCUUAUCAAGUGAGUUACUCGUUAAUGGCAACCCGGGUUUUCUCGGAACCGGGUUGUUGGAUCAUUUUCAUCAUCAUUCGGAGCUCCAAUCAGGCUACCCAAACCCGAUCUUUUUUCCUUCACUUCCUCAAAACUCUCACAUCUUGUCUUUACUUAGAGGAUCAACCCAGUUUCAUAACCCUAACCCUAGUCCAAAUCCUAUAUCUUCAAAUAUUUUCAGUAGUAUAAAAACCGAGUCUGGUAAUACUAACACUGCUCUAGGGUUGGAUUCAUUUGGUAAUGGAGCUCCAUCUAAUUUACUCGGAUCUUUCACUCGGAGCAACCAACACAUAAAUGGAUUUUCAUCUGGGGUACCAGAUUAUGUUCAAAAUAAUGGGAAUAUUUUAGAGGUGUAUCAAAGGUUAAAAUCGUCAACAAAUUAUAAUUACAGUGGAAAUGAAAAUAUGGUUGGAUCAGUACCUUCUUCUCCAAAUCAUUCCACUAUUUUGGAUGCAGCACCAGUAAGUGGAGCUGAUCGUUUUGGAGGUUAUGGAUUCGUGAAUUCUUCUGCUUUACUUUCUGGGUGGUCUGAUUAUCCUACUAUACCUAUUAAUGGUUCUUAUCCUUGAUUACUUUAAAAUAAGCUUUAUACAAUGGAAUGGAGUGCCUUUUAAUGGUGCGUUUCCUAGUUUAGUGUUUAAAUUAAUUUGCUUUAGUUACUUGUAUUCUUUUGGGGGGUGUUUCUGUCAUUUUUCUUUUUCUUUUUUUUUUUUUUUACGUGCCUUUUGCUGAUUGUUUCUUUUCAUGGUAGUUAGUUUGGGGUUUGCGGUAUAUGAAUCAAUUAAAUAUGGUUAAUUAAUUACUUCUCUUUAUCUUUGUAAUGUUCUUCUUUUAUAGAUUUAAGUGAUUAUGUUUUUACUUUUAUUA